GAGGGAAAGCAGCAGCAGCAGCAGCAGCACAGGGAGCCCGCUGCCACCUCAACAUGGAGUAGCUGGAGCCGAGCGAUCACUGCUGAACAGCGGAUUCCGUUGAGAGGAAUACCCGGCGCCAGAUAUUUAAUUUAUCUGCCUAAAACAAAAUCCACGCAAAUGAUACAGCGGCCAAAAUUAGAAGAGUCACAGGGAAGCCCGGCUUUUAUUUGAAAAGAUGGCGAACGACUCUCCAGCUAAAAGUCUGGUAGACAUAGACUUGGCUUCAUUGCGGGAUCCGGCUGGGAUAUUUGAGCUGGUGGAGGUAGUUGGAAAUGGCACCUAUGGACAAGUAUACAAGGGACGACAUGUCAAGACUGGACAGCUGGCUGCCAUCAAAGUCAUGGACGUCACAGAGGAUGAAGAGGAGGAAAUCAAACUAGAGAUAAAUAUGCUUAAGAAGUAUUCCCACCACAGAAACAUAGCCACCUACUACGGCGCUUUCAUUAAAAAGAGUCCUCCAGGACAUGACGACCAGCUAUGGCUGGUGAUGGAGUUCUGUGGUGCUGGUUCGAUCACAGACCUGGUGAAAAACACAAAGGGAAAUCAGCUGAAGGAAGACUGGAUUGCUUACAUUUCCAGAGAGAUUCUCAGAGGUCUGGCACACUUACACGCCCACCACGUGAUCCACCGUGACAUCAAAGGCCAGAACGUCCUGCUCACUGAGAACGCUGAAGUUAAGCUUGUGGACUUUGGUGUGAGUGCUCAGCUGGAUCGGACAGUCGGGAGGAGAAACACAUUCAUCGGUACUCCGUAUUGGAUGGCCCCGGAGGUCAUCGCUUGUGACGAGAACCCAGAUGCCACAUAUGAUUACAGAAGUGAUCUGUGGUCUUGUGGCAUCACGGCGAUUGAGAUGGCUGAGGGAGCGCCACCGCUUUGCGACAUGCACCCCAUGCGAGCGCUCUUCCUCAUUCCAAGAAACCCUCCCCCGAGGCUCAAAUCCAAAAAAUGGUCCAAAAAGUUUUUUAGCUUCAUAGAAAGCUGUCUGGUGAAGAACUACACACAGCGUCCUCCCACCGAGCAGCUUCUGAAGCACCCCUUCAUUCGAGACCAGCCCAAUGAGAGGCAGGUCAGGAUACAGCUCAAAGACCACAUCGACCGGACCAAGAAGAAGAGGGGCGAGAAAGAUGAAACUGAGUAUGAGUACAGUGGCAGUGAGGAUGAGGAAGAGGAUCCUCCAGAGCAGGAAGGAGAGCCGAGUUCUAUUGUCAACGUGCCGGGCGAGUCGACUCUGCGCCGCGACUUUAUCCGCCUGCAGCAGGAGAACAAGGAGCGUUCGGAGGCGCUUCGUCACCAGCAGCUCCUCCAGGAGCAGCAGCUCCGUGAGCAGGAGGAGUACAAGCGCCAACUGCUAGCUGAAAGACAGAAACGCAUCGAGCAACAGAAGGAGCAGAGGCGGCGGCUGGAGGAGCAACAGAGACGCGAGCGGGAGAUGAGGAGGCAACAAGAGCGCGAACAGCGUCGGCGGGAGCAGGAGGAGAAGAGGCGUGUGGAGGAGAUGGAACGCAGACGUAAAGAGGAGGAGGAACGCCGGCGAGCCGAGGAGGAGAAGAGAAGGAAUGAUCGUGAGCAGGAGUACAUCAGGCGUCAGCUGGAGGAGGAGCAGCGACACCUUGAGAAGCUGCAGGAGCAGCUACUCCGAGAACAGGCCAUGCUGUUGGAGUUCAAGUGGCGUGAGCUGGAGGAGCAGCGCAAGGCAGAGCGCCUUCAUAAGCGGCUGCAGCAGGAGCAGGCCUACCUGCUGUCACUGCAGCAAGGAUCCAAACAGCAGCCUGGCGACAAGACAAAACCCCCCCUAGACUGUAACAAACCUCCACAGACCUCCACUCUCCCCCCUGAUGGAGUCCACACCUCUUUCCCAAAAGCUGAGGUCCUUGACACUGCUGCUUCAGAGUCCGCUAAAGCCCCUCUGGUUGUCCCUGGAGAGAGCGCUAAAUCCCAGGCAGCAGUGCAAGAUGGCAUUUAUGAGACCACUCCCAACCAGAUCUCACACUGCCCCACACCCCACCCCCCUGUUACUGAAACCCCCACUGAGUCUAAAGCUCCCCAGGCAGAAAGUUUGGAGGCUGACAGGCCCACCGAGCCUGCCACUCAUCCCCCUCAGCCUAUCAAAGAGGCUGAUGAGCGGUUCCGUAAGAACAUUCAAGGCUCCCCUCAGUCCGCUCCUCCUUCCAAGCAACCCCCUCUGCCUCCCCGCUCCUCUGAACCUUACUCCAAUGGGGGCUCCGCUUCAGAGGCCUCCGCAUUGCACCGACCCAUGGAGCCUCAGGUCCAGUGGUCCCACCUGGCUGCUCUAAAGAACAGCAACAGCGCAGCCCCCUCUCCUCCUCCUCCUCCGCCUGUGGUCUCUCGCUCCCAGUCCUUCAGCGAGUCUGGUGGUGUCAACUCUAGCUUUGCACAACUUCACCUGCGGUCUCAGGACCCCCACCAUCACCACCACCCAUUGCCUGCACGCCCCGACCCCCAACCCCAACCUCCCCUCCACCACCCUCAGGCUCAGACCAGGCUCGAACGCCAGACCAGCUGUGAGGAGGUCCCUCCCAAGGUGCCAGUGAGGACAACAUCCAGGUCUCCUGUGCUGUCGCGCCGGGAGUCCCCUCUGCCAUCGCAGCCCAGCAACCAGAGGAGUGCAGGCAGCAAUGUGGAGCAGCGCCCCCUGUGGGACAGAGUGGAGAAGCUGCAGUCUCGGCCAGGCAGCGGCAGCUCCUCUGGGUCCAAUGCCAGCUCCCAGGCCGGUCCGGGUGACCGCUUCAGGCCACGUUGUGAGUCACCUGCUUCCUCUAAAUCUGAAGGAUCGCCUCUCCAGCGUCCAGAAAACAUCCCAAAAAAACAAGAAGAAAAGAACUCCUCCAGGCCGACUCGACCUGCUGGUGACAUGGACCUGACGGCUCUGGCCAAGGAGCUGCGUGCAGUAGAUGACGUGCGGCCUCCUCACAAGGUGACUGACUACUCCUCAUCGAGCGAUGAAUCUGGCACCACUGACGAAGAGGACGAGGAGGAGGUGGACCAGGAGGCAGGAGAGGAAUCUACCUCAGGGGCUGAAGACUCCAGAGCAGGGAGGCUGAGCAAUGGAGAAACAGAUUCUGCUAAAACCAUGCUGGUGGAGGACCUGGAGAGCGAACAAGCCACCACACCCUCCAAAGAUGGCACAUUGGUCAUCAGACAGAGCACAGCUGACACAAAGCGGUUGGUCAGUCUCUCAUCUUCCUCCUCUUCCUCGCCCGGCUCUGGCCCUGGCCACGGCCUCCCAGAGAAAAACGGCUUUCCCGGCCGCAUACACCACCUACCAGACCUUAUCCAGCAGAGCCAUCACUCCCCUUCCUCUUCCACAGCCAUCCUUUCCUCCAUCUCCAUGUCUCCCUCCUCCUCCUCUUCCUCCUUCCACUCAUCUUCUAGCCAGGCCAGUCCUGGAAUAUCCUCACAGAUUCCCCUGGACGAGCUCACUGCCAUAGAGUCCCAGUCAGAGAACAACUCCAUGUCCAAACACAAGUCAUCUUCGUCGUUCACGCCCUUCAUUGACCCUCGUCUUCUUCAGAUCUCUCCAUCCAGCGGCAGCUCCCUUAACAUGGCUGGAUUUGGGCAAGAAGGACGGCUCGCGGACCCGCUGAGGUCUGACCCGUCCCGUAAAGGAUCGGUGGUCAACGUCAACCCCGUCAACACGCGCCCUCCCAGCGACACGCCAGAGAUCCGCAAGUACAAGAAGAGGUUCAACUCUGAGAUCCUGUGUGCAGCACUGUGGGGAGUGAAUCUGCUGGUGGGGACAGAGAGUGGGCUGAUGUUACUGGACCGAAGCGGUCAGGGCAAAGUGUACCCCCUGAUUAACCGGCGCCGCAUCCAACAGAUGGAUGUCCUGGAGGGACUCAAUGUCCUGGUCACCAUAUCAGGUAAAAAGAACAAGCUCAGAGUGUACUACCUGUCGUGGCUCAGAAACAAGAUUCUGCACAACGACCCUGAGGUGGAGAAGAAGCAGGGCUGGGUGAAUGUGGGCGACCUUGAGGGCUGCGUUCACUACAAAGUCGUGAAGUAUGAGAGGAUUAAAUUCCUGGUACUGGCCCUGAAGAAUGCAGUGGAGGUCUACGCCUGGGCACCCAAACCCUACCAUAAAUUCAUGGCAUUCAAAUCUUUUGGUGACCUCGUGCACAAGCCUCUGCUGGUUGACUUGACUGUGGAGGAAGGUCAGAGGUUGAAGGUCAUCUACGGCUCCUGCUCAGGCUUCCACGCCGUCGACGUGGAUUCCGGCGCCGUCUACGACAUCUACCUGCCCACACAUAUCCAGACCAACAUUCAGUGCCACGCCAUCAUCAUCCUCCCCAAUACAGACGGGAUUGAGCUGCUGGUGUGCUACGAGGAUGAGGGAGUCUAUGUGAACACUUAUGGACGUAUAACCAAGGAUGUGGUGCUGCAGUGGGGAGAAAUGCCGACAUCAGUGGCCUACAUUAGGUCAAACCAGAUAAUGGGCUGGGGUGAGAAGGCCAUCGAGAUACGCUCCGUGGAGACUGGACACCUGGACGGCGUCUUCAUGCACAAAAGAGCCCAGAGACUUAAGUUUCUUUGUGAGAGGAAUGACAAGGUCUUUUUCGCCUCCGUGCGUCAAGGCGGUGCCAGCCAGGUGUAUUUUAUGACCCUGGGACGCUCCUCCCUUAUGAGCUGGUAGCCAAUGAGAGCAGCGACCAACUGAAGACGACCGUAACCGAUGACGAACGGUCCUGAAAAUGACCCAGAGGAGCGCCUCAGCUUCCUCUCACAUGCUCUGUCUGGACUGUAAUCAUGAAAAUAAAGCAGGGAUGGACGGAGGCUUGUUAGGUUUGUCAUCCUUAGGUCUGUAGCCACCUCCCUGCCCUCCCCUUGCCUCCAUCUCCACUGAGGGGACGUGGUAAUAGUUCAUUUUUGUGUCUUAUAUGUAAUUAACAAAGCGUGUUUUGUCUGAAGGGUCGACGAAAGGCUGUACGCAGCUUCUGCUGUAUUGAAAAACAAAACUUGAUGUGCCAGAAUUUGCGUGUAGCUGUUGUUCAAGCUAAAAGAUCUCCCUGUCAAGCAUGUUUUUGAACUGUUUUCCCUCUCUGAUCGGUGCUUGACCUUCGAACCUGCGUCUUCACUUCUUUCGCCUUAAAGCGAAGACACCUUUAGGGACCUACUCAAUUCAUCUGUUAAACAGGGUACUGGAGCAGCUUGUACAUACUAACUAACUAACUACAGACUUGCGCAGGUUUUCCAGUCACUUCUACCAGUUUGCCUCAUCGUGCUGUAAGUUAUGUUGGACAGUACUCCUGUUGAUGACGCCAAAUUAGACCCAGUUUUUUUUUUAAAUACACUGUAUAUUUUGUAUGUGACUUGCUGCAUAUAGAUAAACAGCAACAAAGCAGGACACAUCAAAUGAGCUGUAAAGGUAAAUCCACACUAUUUAUCCUCAAUCUGUUAUAUUUUUAGGGCUCUAACUUUCUCAUAAAGUGUUUGGUUUGACUCGGUUGUCGUCAGAUUCUGUUUUUCUACUGGAAAUAUAAAAACACAUCCAGAAAUGUGAGAUUCAUCUGUUUUGUUUUUGUUUUUUCUUUAAUAUUUGUUCCAAGCAGGGCUAGGGUUAAACUGUGAAUUAGCAUGCAGGAAAAGAGGCUGAAAAAAGGGAACAAGAAUCGGCUCGUGUCUCUGCACAAUCGGGGAAUUUCACCUGUUUUUGGCUUCAUCUGUAGCUUGAUGGUUGUCUUAGGAGGGUUCCCCAUCGAUUUAAAUUUGAGCCAAACCCCUGAUGACAUUUGGAUGUUGUGUACUGCUUGAACGCUUCACUCUAAGCCAGCCAUGUCACCCUAAUCUCUGAUCUGUUUUUAAUGACGCUGGGUUAUUGGUUUUUACGUAAUCAUGUCCAGAUAAAGGCAUCAAACGCAAAAGAAUGUUUUAUUUUUCAUAUCUGAAGCCCCCUAAGUCACUUUGUUUUCCAAAGUUGGGUGCAGUCCUUUCCUGCAGCUGUGCUCAACAGAACCUUCCUCUCUUUGCUGUCAGGUGGUGCCUUCAGGUGCGUCUGAGGGCUACAGGAUCAAAUUUAGGUGCUUUCUUUUGUAGUCUUGGGCCGAUAAAAUAAUUCGUUCUCAAAGCAGUGUUACAGAACCACUUCAGAUCAUUUUUUACUUAGAUUUUAGUCUGUUUUUGCCAAUUUCUCUCUCUUCAGAUAAGUGUGCGACUGCAGUGGUUUUUAACUUGUAAUGCACACUUUACGUUCGAAAUGUUUACAGAAGCAGUUUUUUUUAACGCCAGUGUGCGUCAAUAUGAAUAUUUAUGGUUUCUUUUUAGGGUAGUUUUGUAUUUUGUUACCCUCCGUUUUUGUAUUAUCAUUUAGACAAUUUUUGUGCAGGGAUAAUCAACUUUUACUCAAUAAGUCCACAGUGUCAUUUCACUUGAUUCCUCUGCAUCCUUGGCAGUGCACAGUAGUCUGCUGGCUGUGCGGCAGAAGACGUUCUCCAUUAUCCAGGUGACGCGUUUCCCCUCAAACGUCACUCUGCCGUGCCUCUAAUUUAUGUCCUCUCUGUGUGUGUGCUAUGGGGAUUACUGUUUUACUUUUUGUUUUUCCUCCACUGAAUAAAAUCAGAAGUGAUUUACA